AUGGCGCCACCCACGUCUCUGUCCUCGCACGAGCGGACACGAGUCGAAGAUUAUCUUAAUGAUAAAAUCCAGAUUUCUGCUGAUCUUGAGAGUCUGAACUCGCUCCUCUCAAGUCUCCGCGCGCAACAGGAGCUCCAGCGGAAGCAGCUCACAGAUGCGCACGAGGCCCUCUCAAAUGCGACAAAGGCAUCCAACGACCAUGCUGAAGCUACUCGAAAACGUGCCGAGGCAUUCGCGGCCGAGCAGGCGGACAUCGACCAGCGGCUGAAGGCGAUUACACAAUCAGAGACGAGCGAUGAGGCUGUACGGCGGCUGGAGAAGAGUAUGGAAAGGCUUCAGCGGCUGGAGAUAUCUAAGGGAUAUGUGAGUUUGCUGAAGGAGGCCGAAGAGCUGAGCAAGAAAGCCUUGUCCAGUAUCUCCUCCAAUCCUCGAGCCGCUUUACAACCCUAUUGCCAGCUACGAAGUAUCGUGGUAUCCCUGAAAGAAGCUCAACCUGCUGCUGAGGGCGCUGCGCCCCACCUUGUCGACUAUACCGAGAAACUGGCGUCUGCAUUAAGGGAGCAGUUGAAGACCUUCUUUGGCGACCAACUACAGAAGACGCUUACGUCCUUGAAAUGGCCAUCACGGGAGUUGAACAUCACGGACAAAUUCUUGGAUCAAUGGAGACAUGAUGUUGAGCUUCUGAUUGACUUGCAGACACCAGAACUCCCACAUCGUGAUGCUUUGAGCAUCAACCAGAGAUCCGAACCUCCUUGCUUAUUCCCUCUUGAGGUUAUGGUGCAUCCAUUGGAUCUGCGUUUCAAGUAUCACUUCAGCGGUGACAAGCCGACAAAUAGACUCGACAAGCCGGAAUACUUCCUUUCCCAUAUUCUGGACCUCAUAAAUCAAUUUGGUGGCUUUUUUACCUCAUACUUCCAGCCAAUUCUCGAUGCAAAGGCUCAGUUGGCAGGUGUCAGCUUGGAAUGGAAUUUUCAUAAUGCACUACAUGCUUUCAUCAAUGCUCUCAUGCCAAUGUUACGAGAGAAAAUCGACUCAUUCCUCCCACAAGUUUCCGACUAUCCCCAACUGCUCAGCCAUUUUAUACACGAGCUGAUGAAAUUUGACAACGAGAUUCGGGACACUUGGAACUACUUACCAGAUCCUUACUCCGAUGGAAACUGGAAGGGCAUGACUGGAGAAGUUCUUGCCAAACAGGGAUGUUAUGAUCGCUGGCUUCAAGUCGAGAAAGAUUUUGCUCUGGCUCGAUACAAGGAUAUUAUCGAGACUGCUGACGGUGGAGAGAUUGAUUAUGAUGGCGUCGAGUUGACCGCCACUAAACCAACAAAAUCCGCAAUUCGAGUAAACGAUCUUCUGGAGACCAUCACAGAACGUUACCAGCCUCUAUCUUCCUUCAGCCAGAAAUUGCGAUUCCUCAUCGACAUUCAAAUCACAAUUUUCGAUCAAUUUCACGAGCGCCUUCACUCUGCUUUGGAGGCCUACCUUGCCAUGACGUCUACACUAGGCCGAACAGUACGAGGAGCAGACGGGCAAGCCAGUGUAGAAGACGUUGCAGGUCUAGAGCGUCUUUGCAGAGUCUUCGGAAGUGCCGAGUAUCUCGAAAAGAAGAUGGAGGACUGGAGCAACGAUGUAUUCUUUGUCGAACUCUGGUCCGAGCUCCAAGAACGGGUUCGCCAAGGGGGUAAAAAUGUCGCAGGUUCCAUGACCGUCGCCGAAGUAGCAGCGCGCACUUCGCCAGCUGUCAAUGGGGUAGAAAAUCCUCAAACAUCGGACGGUGCCUUGUUCGAUGAAACUGCCUCUGCAUACCGUCGUCUUCGACAACGAUCGGAAGCAAUCAUCACUUCCACCCUGAUUUCGAACAUCACUGCUGCCCUGAAGCCUUAUUCCCGUGUAGCUACCUGGGCUACUCUUUCCGUUCCAUCCGCUGGCUCAGCAUCCUCUCCUCUCUCACUUUCCUCUGAUCUGGCACACGCGAUGCGCACCCUGUCUUCCCAACUUGCAUUCCUUUCUAAGGCUCUUGGCGUGGCGCCUCUACGAAGAGUGUCGCGUCAGCUUCUCCUCUCCAUUCAGACUUACAUAUGGGAUCACGUCCUGACUCGGAAUACUUUCUCCGCGGCCGGUGCGAACCAAUUAGUCAGUGACGUUGAACAAAUAUGCAGCGUGGUUGAUAACACCCUGGGUGUGGCUGGCCAUCCAGGCGGCUCAUUGCUGAUUAUGAAGAAGCUCAACGAGGGUCUGCGACUUCUCAACCUAAUUCCGUCGGUCGCUGAUCCCGGCGAUGGAGCUGUUAAUGAGUCUAGUGCUGGGCUGGACCUAUGGGACGUGGAAAAAAGAUUGUUCAAAGACAACGAGAGUGCUCGUGCUGUUCUUGUUGAGUUGGAGAUUGAUACAUUAAGUGAGGCUGAAGCUCGAUCUGUACUUGGGCACAGGGUGGAAGUCGGUAGCUAG